UUACCGCCAUGAAAGCACCACCUCGCUCGGCGGCGUCGCCAGACGUGGCGCUCCAGGUGAAGAACUGGCCGCUCGACAAGUUCAAGGAGCGGCACGGCUACAACUACGACUACGUGUUUGUCUUCAAGGUGCAUGACGAAGAGAGCACGCUCACGGAGGCGCAGACGGCGUUUUCGAUGCGGCUUAUCCUCCAGCGGCUCGCGGGGGCUGGCCUCGAGACCAAGCUUUUUUACUCGUCGACGCGCGACCUCGUGUUUUGCAAGAUUCGCGCGUCCCUCCAGCGGCUCUGCAAGGAAGCCGACCGCAUUGACCUCAAGCUCGAGUUUGACCCGAAAGCAUUGAAAGAGCUGGCCGAGGCCGGCAACCCCAGCCAUGGCAUUGCACCCAUCACAAUCGCCGACGAGUGCUCGCUGACAUCACGCGCUCCGUACCAAAACAUCUUUGGCAAGUACGACAUGGACGAGCGGCUCCAGUCGGUCUACAAGAAAUUCGGUCCACUCGGCAAGCAGAUCCCGUUCCGCGGCGUCGACCGCAUCAAGCUCAUCAAUUCCAUCAUCCACGCCCACACGAGCGACGGCGGCUGCCACCUCAACAACAAAUGCUCGAGGUGAAGAAGUGCCUUGUCACGAGCUUCCCGCUCCACGACUUUGACGAGCGCGACAAGCUCAACGCCAAGUGGAUCCGCUGGUCGAGUGCGCCGUGGAACCAGCCGUACAACGACAUCAAGGAUUACUACGGCCACUACACGACGUGGCUCAUUGCGCCGUCAAUCGUCGGCAUGUUGAUGCUAGCCGAUAUUGUCAUUGAAGGCACAGUCGACGCGCGCCUGCUUGGCGUCUUUGGCCUCUUCAUGGCGCUCUGGGGCACGUUCUACCUCGAGUACUGGAAGCGCCGUAACGCAGUCAUUCGUCUCGAGUGGGGCAUGGACGGGUUCGAAGACGACGAGGAAGACCGCGCCGAAUUUGAAGGCGCCGAAGUGUCGUCGCCCAUCGACGGCAGCAAGAUGCGCUACUUUAGCCCCGAGAAGCAGCGCCAGCGCAUGCUCUCGUCGCUGCUCUUCAUCUUUGCACUUGUCUUGCUUGUGGUUGGCGCUGUUGCCGGCAUUUUCAUUUUCCGAUACUUUGCCCAGCCCGACCAGCCGCUCUACCCGUAUACGACCAUCACCGUUGGCAACAAGACGAUUCCACUCGACUCGCCCAUCGCGUCGACGCUCAAUGCGAUUCAGAUUCAGGUCAUGAACGGCAUCUACAUGACGAUCGCGGUGCGCCUCAACAACUAUGAAAACCACCGUACGCAGACGCAGUACGAAGACAACUUGAUCGCGAAGGCCUUCCUCUUUCAGUUUGUCAACUCGUACGCAAGUCUGUUUUACAUUGCUUUUAUCAAGUUUUACGUCAACGGGUGCUCGGGCGACGAUGCCGGCGGCUGCAUCUACGAUCUUAUGGUCGCGCUCGGCAUCAUCUUUGGCCUCCGCCUCACAUCGGGCAACUUUUUCGAAGCCGUACUGCCGUACCUUCAACGACAUUGCAAGCGUCGGCGCGCCGACGGUGACGGCGUCGGGCGGCGUCUUAUCUCGUCAGCGGAAAAGCAAAUGGCGCUUGGCCACUACGACGACAUGGCUGUCUUUGGCGACUACAACGAGAUGAUCAUUCAAUUCGGGUACAUUACGCUAUUCGUCAUCUCGUUUCCGCUCGCGCCGUUCCUCGCGCUGCUCAACAACUACUUUGAGAUUCGGAUUGACGCGUUCAAACUCGCAAAAGAGUCGCGCCGUCCCGACCCAAAAGGCGCCGAAGACAUUGGCACGUGGAUGACGAUCCUCGAAAUCCUCGGCGUCAUCUCGGUCAUGACCAACGUGGCGGCCGCCAUCUUCACGUCGCACACCACCUUCAGCGGCCUCUCGGACGCGACCAAGCUGAUUGCGUUCAUCGCGCUCGAGCACGCUGUGCUCAUGGUCAAGUAUGCGCUGACGAUUCUCGUCGACGACGUGCCCGAGGACGUUCAGUUGCAACUCGACCGCGCCAAGUUCCUCGUCAACAAGAUUGUCUACUUGAUCCAAGACGACGAUGACGAUGAGCUCGCCAAGGGCAACAAGAUCAAGGUCGACUUGACCAUCUUUGACGACGACGAGUGA